CGCUGGCAGUGUAGCAGACGAACCAACAAAACUCUGGACAUUGUGCGGAAACCUCGAUUGAAUUUAGUUCGUGUAAAUGUGCAUACGACUACGCAAAAUUGUCUAAAUCUUUAGGUUUGUAAACAUGGGUGGAAAGGAUAAAAAAGGACCGAGAACCAAGGGAAACACGAAGCCCUCAAGCUCUGGAAGGAGUGCAGAGCUGUUAGGUAAUGUCACUGAGUUCGUAGGAUUCAGUGGUUUGCCUGAAGGUUCCUAUGUCCCAGUUAUUGGAGCAAAUUCCUUGGUUGAGGAUGCAUCUGCAGAUUCAAAUAUUCCAGCAGACUUUCGUCUAAGUCUGCGCAAAAUGGGAAAACGUGAUUCUACAACAAAAAUCAAAGCUCUUCAGGAGUUUACUGAACUGUGUCAACAAAAUUCUCUUGACAUGCUAAAAGCUGUUUUGCCAUUCUGGCCUCGAAUAUUUUCGCGCCUGGCUGUUGAUGGUGAUAGAAGAGUGAGAGAAUAUCUCCACAAAUCCCAUGUACAAUUAACCAGUCAGCUGGGAAGAAAUCUAGCCCCUUAUUUGAAAGAGAUGAUGGGUGCUUGGUUCACUUCACAGUGUGAUCCCUAUGCCCCUGCAGCUUCAUUGGCAUCCCAUUCUCUUAAGACUUGUUUCCCUGGCAACAAACUACCUGACGCAAUAGCAUUUUGCCACAAUGAAAUAAUGGAUUAUAUUAAGGAUUCAAUUUUUAAGGAAAAUGAUUUUUCAGAUGAGCAGAAAGAAAGAAUAACAAUCGGUGGUAUUGCCGGUUAUUCUCUUUUGCUCCAGCAAGUUAAAUGUGAUGUUCUAGAAGCGGAAAAAUAUCUCCUCCGACACACUGAGAUGUGGAAAAAUGCCAAUCUGUACAAAAUUGUUGAACAAAGUAAGAGCUUACCCAUCAAACAAGCAUGGUUUGGUCUCAUUUACAGCGUGGUCCACUAUUUGCCGCAAGUAGCAAAAGAAAAUUCCAAAAGGUUAUUGCCUUCAAUUUUUAAGUUUUUGGAUGACUCCGAAUCAACGACUCAACCUGCAUUGUGGGAAACAACUUUAAAAAUACUGUUGACAGUCGAAAAUGCAUCAAGUUAUGUCAACCUUUCCUCCCAUGCAACCCCAAAAUUUCUGAAUCUUCUUCGAAAUGCUUGCUCAGGAAAUGCACGCAAAAUUGGGCCUCUAAUAGUACCAUACGUGCGAUUGUUAAGAGAACACAAAGAAAGCCAAGCAGAAGAAUUCGAUCGGCAAGUGAUCGAGGCACUAUUUCAAGGCCUUUUAUGCCGCAGCAUUUUUAACAGCAGUUUGGAAGCUUCCGCCCUAUCGGAGUCGUUGUUUCAGUUGUUAGACUGCAUAGCCAAAGCCAGUGUUGAUAUCUCUCACUUUGAGGAGCUUCUUCAAAACACAGUAAUACCAUCCCUUGAUUUGAUGGUUAAAUCAAAAUGCAGCGAACUGGUCGUAUCUGCUGUGAUACGUCAGAUGACGGUGACUCUUAAUUGUUGGUUUAGAACGGAAGAAAGCGUAGCCAAUGCUUUCUGGGAAUUUCUAGAAAAUUUUAUCAUGGGUUUAAUUACUCAAUCUUUGGAUCCUGAUACCUCGCUAUUCGAGAACGUCGCAUUGAUUAUCUUGGUGUUGAUGGACGCACAUUCUAAACUUGAUAAUCGGACAAAGAUGAACAGGCGAUGCAUUCGCAUCCGUUUUGCCGAUACCAAUACGGAAGACUUAAGCAAAGGACAGGAGACAUCACCUGUUCAUUUACCAGAGAUGCCUCUUCCCUUUCGAGAGAAAGUCGUAGCAAUGAGCAUUUUAGUCUGUAAAGAUACUUUAAAGCGUCUUGAAGUAAGCGAUUGUGAAACAUCCCUGCGUCUUUUCGCCUCUCUGUUGCGCUGUGACGAUAUUCUACGUGGAUUUUUGGCUGCCGAAAGUGCCAGCUCAAUUGACAGCAUGUUGUGUUCUAUCCGUAGAAUGUUGGAAAAAUUACGAGAUAAGAAUACCGCUUUCUUGUUAUUCACAAUAUUGGAUGUCAUAGACAGUGACGUUAGGUGUAAGGUGCUGGAAGACCUAGCCAUCGACGAGCAAACGUGUGCAGCCAUGGCAUCCACAGCACUUGAAAGCUCAGAAUUGUCCCAAAAGCAGGUGGUUUUAGAAUGGCUUCAAAGUCCAUAUGUUGGCGAUUUGCUCAUUUCUACAGCCAAGCAUGUCGGUGUGUAUCUCAGCGAGGAAGAAAACAACGAUUUCUCGUGGAGUUUACUCCGUGCAGCUCUUGCUGCCAGGCAACCAUCAAGCCAAGAACCAUUGCUUCCAAAAGAACACAUCAGUGGUAUAAUGAAUGCAUUUACCGAAGCUUUCUAUGCCGAACACGUUGAAGAAAAUUUCAUCGACACUUUUGUUCAAAAGCUUUCAAAUACGCUAAAGCCGUCUAGUCAGUCGAACUUCUUCAUUGAUCCGUCCGGUGAAUGGCUGGACUCUAUGGUCAAAAUAUUGUGUUCUUCCAUGACCAUCCAACCGGUAUCCUUCAACAUAUUAUUGGAGUUAUGGAAAAAGGGAGCUAGUUACGCAACACACUCUCGGUGCCUAUCAGCUGUCGCCAUAAUUAAGGAAAACUUAACUGCAAUUCCAGAGUUUAACGUGGCAGAACGAUUGGUUGACAUUUUUCAACAUGUUUUAGAGUUGGAAUUAACGCAGGGUGACAAUGAGGCAUCCCACUUGUUGGUACGUCAGAUUCUGUUGUCAGAUAGCGAGUGGAUGAAUUGGAUGAAAGAGACGAGCUCCUGUGAUUUGAUGGCCAAAGAAAUUAUGAAUGGUCGAUAUUGUCAUUCUAAUCCUAUAACAAAUAACUUCAAGCCACUUCAGCUUAAGAACUGGUACGGACUCCUGAACGCAGCCUUUGUAGUUUCCUCUAUUGUAGUUCGUAACCAACACAUGUUUGAGCAAGAUGGAAAUAGCUUAAUACCAUAUGUUUUCUAUGCAACUGCCGUUGCUGAGAUCCUUUUGGAAAUUAAUAGAAAGCGCAUGAAGGAUGACACAUUAAACGACAUCGACAAAAUAAGUGCAGCGUUGGGAAGCAACGCAAAUAGUUUGCUAUCAUCUUGUUCAGAUCAAGAACGAAAGGAGAUAUUUAGAAAAACACUUCAAAAUUCCCGCCAAUACCGUUGGAUUUGGUGCGUUGCUGCGAGGAAAUUGCAAGCUGUGUUGCAACAAAGCUUAGAAGAAAAUGAAAUCACAGAAAACACCGUGAUGAUAUUUUGCAACCUGAAUGAUGAAAAUCUAAACAGGAUUACCCAAACCCAGAUCGCCAAACUUUCGGCAAUUUCGUCUGAUGAUUGGGCUGAAUCAUUUCAACUCUUAGCCUACAUCCGUUUCCUUUUGGAGAAAUUGGCGGCCAGUGCUAACGAUGAUACUUUGAUUUCAGUUGCCGAAUCCGUUAAAAUUCUGCAAUCAUGGCAGUUGAAACACGACGAAAGUUUUCUAUUCGGUCAAGAUUUGAAAGCGAUUUCACGAACGGGAUCGUCUGUCAAAGCAGUAUGGUCAAUUAUCGAAGUCAUUCGGCUUUUGUCCACCAUUGUUGAAUUUUACCCGUACAAACUUGAGCAUUCCUCGUGGGAUUUCAUCUUGUGUUCCAUGACAUCGUGGUGCACAACGUUUGAAGAGAGCUGGACUGAUGUGUCCCCGGCCAAUCAACAUACCAAUCCAAUGUUGCUUUCGUUCACCGUCGCCCUCAGUCGUCUAAUUCAGAGCUGCGGUGCCCUCAUCGCUGAUGUCGAUGAGAAAAAAGAAGAAUCAAUCUCAAGUUUACCACCUAAUUUGGCUUCAGAAUGGAACGACGUAUUUUCUGAUGCAGCGUACAACGCUAUUCUACCAGUUUUCUUCUUACAAUCUAGAUGCAACAAUCUUUCACAUCUUUCGUCUUUCUGUUUGAUGGAAGCCCUGGCCUUAUCAGUUCGUCAUGUGCCUGUGAAACUUCUUCAUCAAACUACUGAGAAGUUGUCACCUCUUCUUUUAGCCAAACACUCGGCUAUUCAAUUUGCAGCCCAUGGCUUAAUUAUUAAACUACUUCCAGAAAUCAUAUCUGCGGAAGCCAUCAAAUGUAAAGAAGAAUUAGAUGGAGAUCAGGAAAAAACAGAGCGAUCUCCACCUCAAGCGCUCUUGCUUCCUAUAGAAAAAGCCAAUCUGGAGAAUCUUGACGAACUUCGUUGCGGAGACUUACACACCGUUGAACCCUACAGCCAGGAAUGCCAACAAAUAUUAGGUUACUUCUUGGGUUGGGACCUUAUUCUUCGUCUGUGCGGGAGUUCCGAUUCAGAAUUGCGCUAUCAAUAUGCAUCCUAUUUGACUAACUCCAAACUCAUUUCGCGGCUGAUGGACAUCUUGUUUUGCAUCAUACCGCAUGCCAGCUUUCAACAACAGGCCAAUUUGGAAAUGGAAUUUCGACCUGACAUUACAUUGACCGAAAAAAUCAUUCAGGAUAUCGCAAUAAUGAUUUACUCUUCUGCUCUGAGGCAUCUUCCUGCCGUCGUUAGACGAUGGUGUAACAAUGCAGAUAAAAGAACGGCCAGCUUAGUUGAAAAAUUCACAUCUCGGUGUGUUAGUCCGGUUCUGUGUUCAUUAGAUUUGCAGUUUUGCACGAAAACUUGGGAUAACAUGACAGUUCGUGUUCGGCCCACGGCUAGAGAAGUUAUCGCCACUUACAAACUCAAUGAAGAAGGCUCCAUGGAACUGAUAAUGCAAUUACCCGCCAAUUAUCCGUUGGGGAAUAUUGUGGUAGAAACUGGACGAAAAGUAGGAGUUACUGCAAACCAAUGGCGGAGCUGGAUAUUACAAUUGCAGACUUUUUUGAUGCAACAGAAUGGAUCGAUAUUGGAUGGUCUCACCCUAUGGAAACGCAAUGUUGAUAAAAGAUUUGAAGGCAUUGAAGAGUGCUACAUUUGUUAUUACGUAUUGCACGGUUCGAAUUAUCAGUUACCGAAACUGAGUUGUCGCACAUGCCGCAAGAAAUUUCAUGCAGAUUGCCUCUACAAGUGGUUUAGCACGAGUAACAAUUCAACGUGCCCGCUCUGUCGUAACUUGUUCUGAACAUAUUCUUUGUUUUGCUUCACUCGUUAAGCGUAAAUAAGAUGAGGUAAUAUGGGAACAAAAACUAUAAAGCGGAAACAUGUAUUUCUUGCAAAGUGAAAAUACAAAAUUUUAAGGUUCAGGAUUUAAAA